UGACAGGAUGUAGCAUUAGCUGUAAAAUAUGACUUAUUUCAUAACACAGCCAGUGUGUAACUUUACCUGACGGGACGGGAAUGCUAACUCCAUUGACCUCUUACGUGCGCGUGGCUGUGUACUGUAUAAAUAGCUGCUAUUUCAACUAUUAGACACAUUCUCCGGUGUUGUGAAAGAAAGUCGCUACGCAUGCGUUUCAUAAGUGAAAUAGUUUAUUUGGGUUUUAUACGCGCGUGCGUGAUUAAGAAAGUUCACAUGGCUUUUUAUAUCACGAUAUGCAUGUUUUUUGUGGCAUAGUUAUAGUGCAGAUAUUAUGUUUAAACGGUGGUUUCUGCAAUGUUGCUUACAUUUGUGGUUCCUGUAGUUCUUCUACGAAUACCACUAUGGUUAUGAUAGGGAAACCAUGGUUAUUUUUAUUUUUGAACUCCGGGGUUGGAGGCGUAACGUUACUAAGUUGACAGCCCAUGGCGUAUGACACCGCCUGCACAAUGAACGCUACUUUUUCCUUGUUACUUCUCCCAACGCAUAAUACUUAUACAAUACAGACAGUUUAACAGACAAUGUUUAUAUUAUGUGUAAUUUUGUAAGGUUCAUUGUGGUAUGUCCUCUUACUUAUUUAGGUGAAAGCGUCUCCACCUCUUUUGUUUAUAACACAAGCAUUGUGGAAGUGAGUGUGCCCGGCUGGUGAAAAUGACUACAGACCGAGAGCCUCCUGUCACUGCUAAACUCCUCCAUCUCAUGUUUCUUUCCACCUUCUGGGGAAUGCAGAUAUGGGUCACCUUUAUAUCAGGCUUUGUGAUGGACAACCAUCUAAACAGGCACACGUUUGGCUUCAUCCAGAGCCGGCUCUUCCCGUACUACCUGCAUAUAGGCUCUGCCUGUGCUUUCUUUAACCUCACUAUUUUUGCCAUGUACCAUCCCAGCGAUCUGAUGGAUGACAAAGAGGCCUUCCAGAUCUUAAUUUAUUUUGUCUGCGUGACUGUAGCUGCAGUGAAUGCCCAGUGGUUCGGUCAGAUGACCUCAGAAAUUAUGGCAGACAUGCACUUGAUUGAGCAGGCCUGUGGGUUAGGUCAAGACAUCGGACUCUCGUCCAAUCGGGAGGCUUAUGCCAAGCUUUGUGAGACAGACCCUAAGUAUAAACGUUUGAGUGGCCGUCUACGGUUGUACCACCUGCUUUCCUCACUUUGUAACCUAUGGUGUAUCAUAUGUAAUGGAUACAGUCUAUAUUACCUGGCGGAGAACCUCACCACACUAUGAUCGCCUUCCAGCUCCUCCCCACAAUGCAAUGCAAAACACUCAAAAUCCAUCAUUGAUGAACUGCUCUCAGGUACUGGAUUAUCUACAGACAAAUCUGGUCAUUGUUGUAACAGUUUGUGUCUUUUAAGUGUUUGUUUAAUGUCUGUUAUGUAUAAUUAUUGUUUCUAGAUUUUUUUACAUUGGGAGAUGUAACACCCUGCAUAGUCUGUAAAUGAGAAAUGAGUUGAUAUCAGAAACUUAAAUCGAAACAAAAAAGAAUUGUAAACGCAGAGGGGAUAUUUGAUGAUUUUUUUCUAUCACAAAACAACCAAGUUAUAUGGUAUGUUCAGUAUAUAUUAAUGCAUUACUCAAUGAUUUGAUGCAGUUGUUUUUUAAACACUAAUUUAAUGUUUUAUCAUAAAGGUCAGUUCACAGCGAGAUCACAGGGAUGCACUGCAUGCUAAAUUUAUAAUUAUUGUAGUAGUUAUUCUGUCAUAAUGGUCCAGUGUAACAAUAUAGUCUGGUACUAAUAUGGAUUUAUUACUUUGUAGUUAUCUUUUAGGAUUUAGAAGUGUCACCAUUUUUUGUUACUGUGCCUUUACUGAGCCUCACCCUUUCUUGAUGGGUGUAAAUGCACAUGAGCAUGUUCACGCACAGUCUCUCAUUACGUGUCCACAUUGUAACAUUGACUUCAGAUUGAUGCCAUUUUUAUAGUGACUCCCUGCAUAGUCAAUGGCCUUUCGUCUUCCUGUGUGUUUAAAUGCUUAAUUUGCACUUCUAAUUUCACCUCAGAAUGUAGUCACGCGUGUUAUAAGAUUCUCGCGCCCAGCUGCCUCACACAUUAUUUUAGACGUAUUUUGAGAUGAGUAUACAAUCAAUGCACAACCAUGAAUGCCUGUUUUGUGUCCUGCUGUCGGUCAUAAAUAUGGUUUAAAAAAUAAACAUUUAAUAUUUCAUUUGG